AUGGCAGUAAUUGGACUAAAUAGAGAGUUUAUAUGUAACGCUGGUAACCCCAUGUAUGGAGGAGGACCACUUAAGGUUUUUAGUCUUAAUUGUAAUAUUCGCGCUAUCAAAAGCUCUCGUUCCAGAAGCGGCAGAAGACAGCUACGUUUCGGUGCCUACAGAAUUCAUAAACGAAAAAAAAAAUGUGAGGUUCUUUAUGCUCCUUCUAAUCCCUUGAGUUCGUUUCCUCCAAUAUUGGUGGAGGUGCAAAAUAAGGUCGAUGAAAAGUUUUUGACACGCGCCAUUCAGUACUGUACCCUCACAUUUGAGCGCUACAACAGACUCCCUAUAAUUGUAAUAUUUGGCAUUGCAAAUGCUACAGCGUCUUUAAUGAGAAAGACUGAAGAUAGCGAUUUCCCCUUUGCCAGACAGAUACAAAGCAUUGGAUGGGCUGAGCGUUGUCUGCUGCUCACUUCCUCAAUAUUACAGGUAAAUCAACAAGAAGAGAUAUUACAUCCUUUGCAAGCGGUUGGUCAUUUUCUCUGCUCUCAAUCUCUCUCUAUAAAUACUUUGGAUUAUGGAAAUAAUGACUCUUUGAUGAAAUUACUUUAUGCAAUUGCUCAGCGAAAUCUUGAUCAGAUAAUUGGAGAAGAAACCGAAAAACUGGAGGCCGUAAAAAACAUUUGUGACAUCAGUGAAACUCAGCUUCAAAAAGUAAAAAAAAAUGCCUGGAACAAGAAGAUAAAGUUUCAAACAAAAGAGCAUUGAGCUAUGUGGAUGAUACUUUGUCGUUUAUACAGCGACAGAAGGAAAUACUGUGACGCUAUUGAAACAACUCCAGUUGAAGAAACCCCUCCUACAGUUUAUCUGAACAAAAGAUGGCCCACAAGCGCUCUAGAGCCUGGUAACACAAAACUUGAUACAGAACUAUACGAAUUCGUUCAACGUUUUAAAAGUGGAAAAACAGAUAUGAUUAAUUGGAAAAAAUGCUUUGAACAAGGUCAUCUUGAAAAGAUAAGCUCAAUCAAGCGAUUCAACAACAGCGAGAGUUUACGCUGCCAUUAUAAUAGGAAAUUCAAAUAAACUAUUUUAUUAUAAGCUAUCGUUAC